AAUGGCAGAUGUGCAGCCAACGACCAAUGAGGACUGGUCUCAAGGGGCGGACGCAGGGUAAAGAGCCUAAAGCGGACCCUGGGAGAGUCAGAAGCAUAUCCGGUGUUCGAAGAGCUGUUUGGUUCCUGAGAGUCGGAUAAGAAGAGUGGAGGCUGCGUCCCACACACUCGGGCAUCAUGAACAUAUUUGAUCGGAAGAUCGACUUUGAUGCACUCUUAAAAUUUUCCCACAUAACCCCCUCGACACAGCAGCACCUGAAGAAGGUCUAUGCCAGUUUUGCCCUUUGUAUGUUUGUGGCGGCUGCGGGGGCCUACGUCCAUGUGGUCACUCAUUUCAUUCAGGCUGGCCUGCUUUCUGCCCUCGGCUCCCUGGGGUUGAUGAUUUGGCUGAUGGCAAUACCUCAUAGCCAUGAAACUGAGCAAAAAAGACUGGGACUUCUUGCUGGAUUUGCUUUUCUUACAGGAGUUGGCCUGGGCCCUGCUCUGGAGUUAUGCAUUGCCAUCAACCCCAGCAUCCUUCCCACUGCCUUCAUGGGUACAGCAAUGAUCUUCACGUGCUUCAGCCUGAGUGCCCUCUACGCCAGGCGCCGCAGUUACCUCUUUCUGGGAGGUGUCUUGAUGUCAGCCAUGAGCCUGAUGCUCUUGUCUUCCCUGGGGAAUCUUUUCUUCGGAUCCAUUUGGCUUUUCCAGGCAAACCUGUAUGUGGGGCUGGUGGUCAUGUGUGGCUUUGUCCUUUUUGAUACUCAACUCAUUAUUGAAAAGGCUGAACAUGGAGAUAAGGAUUACAUCUGGCACUGCGUUGACCUCUUCUUAGAUUUCGUUACUCUCUUCAGAAAACUCAUGAUGAUUCUGGCUAUGAAUGAGAAGGACAAGAAGAAAGAGAAGAAGUGAAAUGACCGUCCAGCCUUUCCCAAUUUAGCUUCCUCUCCUUCCACCCCUCAUUUCCUCUUUGCACACAUUACAGGUGGCGUGUUCUGUGCUAAUGAAAAGCAUCAGAAAAGCUUUUGUACUUUGUGGUUUUCUCUAUUUUGAAUUUUUUGAUCAAAAAACUGAUUAGCAGAAUAUAGUUUGGAGUUUGGCUUCGUAUUCCUGGGGUUCUUCCCCGUUCCCUUUUCUGUAAUCCCCACCCAUAGCCUCUUCCUCUGCUCAGGCAGCCAGGCCACCGUGACGCAGAGAGGGACCCGCAGGGGAGCCAACUCCUGGAGUCUGCUUUCCGACCAAGCUGUACCAAGUGGAUCUGAACUGUUCGGUAGAGUCACCUCAGCCCUUCCUUUCUCAGCACUUCCUUUCUCAGCCCUUCCUUUCUCAGCACUGGGUAGUACAUAGUUUCCAUGGGACUGGGCGGUGUGUUUUCCAUUGGGAAGAAGUUUGCUGGUCCCAUUGUUACUCAGGCUCCUUAAUCUGAGCUUCUGUUAGCCCCUACAAAGAAAAUGAAGACCCUCUUCUGCAGGAUUCUUUGCUUCCUCUGAGCUACCCAAGUUGCUGCUGUUCUGGCAAACACACCUUUCUGCCUUGCCAUCACAAAAGGAAUGUGGAUUUGUGUGUGUGCCCUUUUCUAUCCCUGUCUGACCCUCAGGGAAUCUGUGUGCUUUCCAUCCCUGGGGUGGGAGGAUUUCAGCCCAAAGGGAAGACUAAUUCUUGUCAGGCAUUUAUGAAAAGGAUGAUGAGGUAUGGCAAGGUAGAGCAUAGAAUUCCCAAAGGUCCCCUGGCUUUUUUUUUUUUUUUUUUUUUUUGAUUAUCACCUUUGUUACUGAGUCACCUCUACCAGGUGGCUGUGAUUUAAGGUCCCUGGAGAGGAAGGAUAGGGAAGGAGAAUGGUUGAGCCUCUGAUGUGUAAUUGUAACUAAUCCUGCCAGACAGGCCUGGAUAAGGACUUGUUUGGGACAAAAUCUACUAGGUGGUUCUUUGUUCAGAUCAACAGAGUGAGGCCGUGAUGGUUUGGGAGGCAGCGUUCCUAACAGUCCUUGGGUAUAUUUUUGUUAUAUCCUAUCUGGUAAUGAAUGUCCCACCUGAUAAUAGAUAGUGUCAAGCCAGAGAUUCGGGGCCAGAGAUAAAUACUCAUUUUAUACAAGCACUUUAGUUUUGUUUCGAUCAAUCUGCAGCCUUCCUGGCAGGACCAAACCUGCAAGACACCUGAUUCCCUUCAGCUUUGUGGUGGCAAGUGGAAGAGGGCAGUAGUAAUGGGGAUGACCAGCUCCUCUGUGGGCUGCCACCCUCCGGUGGCACAAAUAGAUGGGCCUUGGGAGUAGUCAUGGCUCUGGCAACUCACAGCGUCAGUGUCAGGGGAGCUGCCAUCAAAAGCUCAUUGCCAGUAGGACACCGUCUUGGGCUCUCCGUUCACGCCCAGUACACAGUGGGGCCCAGUGGCACACCCCAUCACUUGGGCCAUCCCAGGAAACGAUUUGUUCCCAGGCUGUGUGUUCCUGCAGUGGCAUGCCGCCCAGAAUGGCCCCUUCCCCAGGGUGCUGCCCUCUGACUGAGCUGCUGCUGCCACCUCUGGCCUGAGACUCCUGAAGGGACUUCCUUCCCCGUAACCCCCCCAAUAGCAGCUCCAUACAUUUGUUGAUUCUCUGCUAGGCCUGAGAAUCUGAGUUACAUCUCCUGAAGCCAAUCUCCACCUCUUGUGCUCUUUUGCUUGGGAUAAAGGAGUUUUUCUUUAGAAACAGUGCCAAGAAUGAUAAGAUAUAAAAGACUACUUUUAAAGAAAAUGUCUAACAGGUUUUUAAUACAGUAAUCACUGUAAUUAUCACUUUCUUUUCUAGUUCCUUGGUUUUCAGCUCAGGCUGCAUUCUCUAACUCAUACUGUGAAGACAAAGGUGUUUUUGAUUCAGAAAUAUAUGAAAUUGACAGUCUUAAUUUGUAAAAAAUAAAGAAAAUUCCUUAACCUUU